GCACCCUGGGCUGGUGGAGCUGCUGUGGGAGUCGGGGCGUUCGAUCCCGAGCAGACGUUCCACCGCUGGCUGGCGGGCUGUGCGCAGAACGCAUGCUGCUCCAUUGCAUUGUCCUCCUGCCUUGUGUCCUGCGGCGCCGGGGUGUUGUCUGAAGGUAAUUUAAGAAUGCACGAAGGAUCUGGCUCUCUGGUUAUGUGGUGAUGAAUUGGAGGUGCGUUAGGAGGCUCCCUCGUACAGAGCUUUGAGACACCAUGACAGUGUUCAGGCAGGAGAACAUUGAGGAUUAUUAUGAGAUUGGAGAAGAACUUGGAAGUGGCCAGUUUGCAGUGGUAAAAAAAUGUCAGGAGAAAAGCGCAGGUGUUCAGUACGCUGCAAAGUUCAUCAAAAAGCGGAGAACCAAAUCAAGCCGGCGUGGAGUGACCCGGGAGGACAUAGAGAGGGAGGUCAGCAUACUGAAAGAGAUCCAACAUCCCAACGUGAUCACUCUGCACGAGGUGUACGAGAACAAAACAGAUGUCAUUCUCAUUCUGGAGCUAGUUGCAGGUGGGGAGCUGUUUGACUUUCUUGCUGAGAAGGAGUCGUUGACUGAAGAGGAAGCUACAGAGUUUCUCAAGCAGAUACUUAACGGAGUAAAUUAUCUUCAUUCUCUGCAGAUUGCUCACUUUGAUCUUAAGCCUGAAAAUAUAAUGCUUCUAGACAGAAAUGCACCAAAACCUCGCAUAAAAAUUAUAGACUUCGGACUUGCUCACAAAAUUGAUUCCAGAAAUGAAUUCAAAAAUAUCUUUGGGACACCAGAGUUUGUUGCUCCUGAAAUUGUCAACUAUGAACCUCUUGGUCUUGAGUCUGAUAUGUGGAGCAUUGGUGUAAUAACGUAUAUCUUGCUGAGCGGUGCGUCUCCAUUUCUUGGGGAAACAAAGCAAGAGACACUGGCUAAUAUAUCUGCUGUCAGCUAUGAGUUCGAGGACGAGUUUUUCAGUAGCACUAGUAGCCUGGCCAAAGAUUUUAUAAGAAGACUUCUUGUCAAGGACCCAAAGAAAAGGAUGACGAUUAAAGACAGUUUAAAUCACCCAUGGAUUAAGCCUAAGGAUACACAACAAGCGCUGAGUAGAAAAGCCUCUGCAGUUAACAUGGAGAAGUUAAAGAAAUUCGCAGCACGACGUAAAUGGAAACAAUCUGUCCGUUUAAUAUCCCUGUGCCAAAGACUGUCGAGGUCAUUCUUAUCCAGGAGUAACAUGAGUAUAGCUAGAAGUGACGACACUUUGGAUGAAGAAGACUCUUUCGUAAUGAAGGCUAUUAUUCAUGCUAUAAAUGAUGAUAAUGUCCCUGGUUUACAGCAUCUCCUCGGGUCAUUGUCAAGCUAUGAUAUUAAUCAACCAAACAAGCAUGGCACUCCUCCAUUAUUAAUCGCUGCAGGUUGUGGAAAUAUCCAGAUACUUGAAUUACUAAUAAAGCGUGGCGCGAACAUUGAUGUACAAGAUAAGGCUGGAUCUAAUGCAAUGUACUGGGCAUCACGUCACGGCCAUGUCGAGACUUUGAAAUUUCUCCAUCAAAACAAGUGCCCUUUAGAUGUUAAGGAUAAGUCUGGAGAGACAGCGCUUCAUGUUGCAUCCCGCUAUGGCCAUGUUGAUGUUAUACAGUAUCUGUGCCGCAUUGGAUCCCAUCCAGAUAUUCAAGAUAAGGAAGAAGAAACUCCUCUGCACUGUGCCGCGUGGCACGGCUACUACCCUGUUGCAAAAGCUUUGUGUCAAGCCGGCUGCGAUGUUAACAUUCGCAACAGGGAAGGGGAGACGCCUCUUCUGACUGCUUCGGCAAGAGGAUACCAUGACAUCGUAGAAUGCUUGGCUGAACACGGAGCUGACCUUGAUGCAACAGACAAGGAUGGGCAUAUAGCCCUGCACCUUGCAGUGAGAAGAUGUCAGCUGGAAGUGGUUAAAACCCUUAUCAGUAAGGGGUGCCGUGUAGAUUUCCAAGAUCGUCAUGGCAACACACCCUUACAUGUCGCUUGUAAAGACGGGAAUAUUCCUAUCGUGAUGGCACUCUGCGAAGCCAACUGCAAUUUGGAUAUUACAAACAAGUAUGGCCGCACUCCCUUACAUCUGGCUGCAAAUAACGGCAUUCUGGAGGUGGUUCGUUAUCUUUGCCUGACUGGUGCCAAUGUGGAGGCAUUAACCAUGGAUGCUAAGACAGCAGAAGAUCUGGCCAAAUCUGAACAACACGAAGCUGUUGUCAGUUUGCUUUCAAGACUUCGAAAGGACACCUACCGAAGUAUUUUCAUACAGCAACUCAGGCCAUCCCAGAACCCACAGUCAAGGAUAAAGUUGAAAUUGUUUGGACACGUCGGGUCCGGAAAAACCACCCUUGUGGAAUCUCUGAAAUGCGGGCUUAUUCGGAGCUUUUUCAGAAGACGUAGACUGCGUAUUUCAUCCACUAAUUCAAGCCGCUUCCCUCCUUCCCCACUGUCUUCUAAAACUUCACUUUCAGUGAGCAUUUCGGAUCUCUACCCCGGCUGUGAGAAUGUCAGUGUGCGGAGCCGCAGCAUGAUGUUUGAGCCAGGAUUAACCAAAGGAGUACUGGAGGUGUUUGUAGCACCAUCUCAUAACCCUCACUCUUCUGCAGAUGACCAGUCCACCAAAGCUAUUGAAAUCCAGAAUGCCAACUUGAAUGGUGUUGGAGAUUUCAGUGUCUGGGAGUUCUCUGGAAACCCUACAUAUUACUGCAGUUAUGACUAUUUUGCUGCCAAUGACCCUACAUCAAUUCAUGCUGUGGUUUUCAGCCUUGAGGAACCAUAUGAAAUUCAGUUAAAUCAAGUCAUUUUCUGGCUCAACUUCUUGAAGUCGCUUGUUCCUGUAGAUGAACCUAUAGCCUUCGGAGGAAAGCUAAAGAGCCCACUCAGAGUCGUGCUCGUAGCCACGCAUGCCGACAUUGUUAAUCUGCCUCGCCCAGCUGGAGGAGAGUUUGGAUAUGACAAAGAUUUGUCAUUGCUGAAAGAAAUCAGAAACCGUUUUGGAAACGACCUUCACAUUUCUGACAAGCUGUUCGUGUUGGAUGCAGGAGCAUCUAAUUCCAAGGAUAUGAAGCUUCUACGUAAUCACCUCCAGGAACUAAGGAGCCAGCUAAUUUCUGCUUGUCCAACAGUGACACCUUUAUGUGAGAAAAUAAUAUCUACUCUGCCAUCAUGGAGAAAGCUAAAUGGGCCCAACCAGUUGCUGUCAUUCCAGCAGUUUGUUUAUGAUGUGCAGGAGCAGCUCAACCCACUUGCUAGUGAAGAGGAUAUAAGGAUUAUAGCACAGCAGUUGCACAGUAUUGGAGAGGUCAGCAUAAUGCAGAGUGAGACUGUUCAAGAUGUGGUGCUUUUAGACCCAAGAUGGUUGUGUCACAAUGUCCUUGGGAAACUCCUGUCCAUAGAGAACCCAAAAGCCCUACACCAUUAUCGGGGGAGAUACACUAUGGAUGAUAUCCAGCGCCUGGUCUCAGACAGUGAUGUUGAUGAACUUGUACAGAUCUUAGACGCAAUGGAUAUCUGUGCCCGAGACUUAAGCAGUGGAACCAUGGUGGAUAUUCCAGCUCUUAUAAAAACAGACAGCCUCCACAGAUCAUGGACUGAUGAAGAAGAGGACAUCAUGAUUUAUGGCGGAGUUCGAAUUGUUCCUGUGGAACAUCUUACUCCUUUCCCAUGUGGCAUUUUCCACAAAGUCCAAGUAAACCUUUGUAGAUGGAUACAUCAACAAAGCACUGAUGGAGACGCCGAUAUACGUCUGUGGGUAAAUGGUUGCAAAAUUGCAAACCGGGGGGCUGAAGUUUUGGUGUUGCUGGUCAACCAUGGUCAAGGUAUUGAAGUGCAAGUUAGGGGUCUUGAAACUGAAAAAAUUAAGUGUUGUUUACUUCAAGAUUCUAUUUGCUGUAUCAUUGACAACUUAUUCUCCACAACAUUACCAGGGCUUUUAACUGUAAAAUAUUACUUAAGCCCACAGCAACUAAGGGAACACCAUGAACCAGUAAUGGUUUACCAACCUAGAGACUUUUUCCGAGCACAGGUGCAAAAGGAGACCUCACUGGCGAAUACAAUGGCUGGAUACAAGGAAAGUUUUAGCAGUAUAUUGUGCUUUGGUUGCUUGGACAUUUACUCACAAGGAAAUUUAGGAAUGGAUCAUCACAUCUCAGAACUGAACGUUCUAACUAGAAGAAAACUCAGCCGACUUCUAGACCCUCCAGAUCCCAUGGGCAAGGACUGGUGUCUUCUGGCUAUGAAUUUGGGUCUGCCAGACUUGGUUGCCAAAUACAAUAUGAACAGCAGUACAGUGGAGAAUGGUUUUCUCCCAAGCCCAAUGUGUGCUGUUUUGCAAGAAUGGGGUAACUCCCCAGAAAGCACUGUAGCCAUUCUAAUGACAAAACUGAGAGAACUUGGGCGACGAGAUGCAGCUGAUUUUUUGCUGAAGUCCUCUUCUGUUUUUAAAGUGAAUCUUGAUGUCCACGGACAAGAAGCAUAUGCAGCAAGCUGUAACAGUGGCACUUCUUACAAUUCAAUUAGCUCUGUAGUGUCACGAUGACUGCAUUAUUUGGGGUGACUUUACCUCUGUCCUGCUGGAGCCUGGGUAAAGCGUUUAGUUCUGAUAAGUGUUACUAGGGUUUCCAUUUUUAACCAUUAAUUUAUAAGCCUUCCAUCUACAAAUGCCACAUGCCCCCCAAAACCAUAAUGCGAUCUUUCUACUUUUUAAUAAGAAUUGUUGCCUUUUAUUGUAGCUUUUUCAAGGUACAUUUUUGAAUUUGAAUCUAGACUUAUAAAUGAAUGUGCUGCUAAUUACUGCCACUGGGAUUGGUAAAUUUCUUUCCCACGUUUUUAUUUUUUUAGGUGAUUUUUUUUUUUUGUACAAUCUGCUCAGUUAUUCAUGUGUAUAAACAUUGUCCAUAUCUUGCCCCACUUGAUUUUGCUUAAUGUUUAUAUAUGCUAAAAGGGAAAAAAAUGCUAGGUGGAUGAUCCAGUGGG